UAUUUUAUUGUAUUGUCUGAGUUUUUAAGGGCGUUUCUUAAAAAAUGCAAAAUAUCUACUAGUAUUCUUUAUAAUGCUGUUUAAAGGAAAACUUAAAGAAUUAGGAAUCAAGCUGAAAGAAUUCAGGGAAAAAGAUAAAGAAAAAUAAAGAAUUUUUGAAUACAAUGUUCUUCUUAGAUCUUAUUUGGUAAACAAAAUCAAAUGUAAUCAAAAAAAGGCCAGAAUUAAAUGAAAGGUAUAUAUCAAAAUAAUUUAAGAGGAAAUUUAAUAAUAUAAACUUGAUAAAUACAAGCCUCUACAAUUCUUUAGAAUGUAAUUUUUAAUAUAAAUGUAGUUUUGAUAAAACAACUAGUGAAUAUAAUAAUAAUAUAAACUAGAUUCCUUAUGAAUAUGGUUUUAUGGGAGAUGAACAUUGUUUUAUUAUAUGGGGAUGGACAAAAUUCAAUUUAAAAGUCAUAAUAGAAACAAUAAUAUGAUUGAAAGGAGG